GUGUGACUGGGACUCCAGGCUGUGGUAGUUGGUCAGCGCCCGCGUCUCUGCACUGUGACCUCCAGGCAGCAACAGCUGGUUUUUAAGAGGCCAAGCAACAAUUCUGGAUGAGUCUUGAGGGCCGUCAGUGCUUUUUCUGUGCAGCCAGAGGACUGGAGUGAGGGGGGGCAUGGCUGGUCGGGAGAAAGCGGGGCGGAUGAAACCGAAGGAGUCGCCACAGGAGAAGGUCCGGACAAAUCUCCUUCAGCAUGUGCUCAGCAGGCAGGCCCCCCGUGCCAAGGAGGAUACGAAAUUGCUUCUGCACAGACUGGUAUUUCUGGCUAAGAUCUCCCCAGAGCUGGCCAACAAACAGGAUUUAGCAGGGUACUGGCACCGCCUCUUCCUGAGUCUGCAGCACUACUAUCAGGGCGAGGGAGUCACGGGCCUCCUGCUGCUCUACCCCACCUACCUGGUGCACACCCUAGAGGCCUCCAGCGAGGUGCUUUACUCCAUCCUGAGGGACCUGCGAGACAUGCAGCCCCAGCAGCACAGAGCCCUCGUUCUGGAGCCCAAGAUCCUGAUGCUGUCCCACAACAUUCCCUCCCGGCUCUUCCAGCAGUGGAGCUACAAGGUGCUGGCUGUGCCCAGCAGGCACCUGGGCUACGACACCUUGUGCGAGGAGUCAAUUGAGCCCAUCAUUGGCGAGUGCCUGGCGAUGCUCCUGAAACUGGGGAUGCACCUGCUGAAAUACCCCAAGAGCCCCCCAAACCUCCCAGAUGCCGUUCUGGAGAAGGUCCCCAACUUAAUUAUUCCCCAGGACACCAUCUGCCACCUCCUGGAGUGCCGGGAGCUCCUGAGCCCUGCACAGUUCCUGCAGACCUACGAUUCCCCUUUGAACGUUGUCAUGGACUCAGGACACGUGUUUGGAAGUGAGAACCCGUAUGCUGUGUAAGUUUUUUUGCAACCCAAAAGAGCCUGUGUGGCCACUGCCCGGGAAGGUGAAGCUGGACGCCGUUAGCUCAUGAAUGGAAAGGAAUUGGGGCCAUGGACGUGUGGGGCACAGCUGAGAUUGCAGGGUUGUGAGCAGCAGCCCAGGCACUGCUGUGGUCCACAGCUGGUCAUGCAGUGCUCAGGUGUGGCUGUUCUUGGCCCGCAAACGUGGGAAACAUCCAAGAGCAGCAUGGGACAGUGGCUGGAGGAGCCUGCCUAUCAAUAGCGGAAUUACAGGCUCAGAUGGACAAGUGGGUUUAACUGUAAUUAUAUGGGGAUUAACUGGCCACUGAUUACCUGUCUGUGAUAUAUGUACUGUGCUCACUGUGCUCCGGUCCUGCAGUGUGUGUUAGUGGGUGGGUGUGGGGGCUGUACCAGACUGCUAUCUCGGGGUCUGAUAGACUGGCUCCAUCAGUGUGACCUGGGAGAUUUGCAGCCCGGCAGAGCUGGGAUGGCCCCGCAGGUCCCAGUGCUCAUCAGUUUGUUUCAUUUCACUCCUGCUCUGGCGGCCAUCGGCAAUGGUCUGGGUCGUUCCUUUGGGCACGGCGAGUGGCAGGGUCCAAUCCGUGCUGGGGAACAUGGAAGGAGCAGCAGCUCCAGGCUCUCGACUGUCGGUGAUAAUCAGGUGGGCUGGAGGGGCGGGGCUGCAGUGUUGUCCUCACUGAGAGCCCUGAGCAGGAUGGAGCUGGCUCAGUGUUUGCAGUGGGGCCAACGCUCAUGAUCAUGUCAUGAGUCUCAUGAUCAUUUUCCUUAAAGCCCCAGCUCCUGGAGUCCAGUGGCUAGGUGAU